AUGGCGCGAACCAGAGAAGCCAAGUCUUCCUCCCCUUCAAACCGUAAGAGAAGCUUGCGAAAGGAGCCAGUUCCGGAUCCCGUUUCUGAGCCUUUGCAGCCAAAAGCAGUUCCUCCUCUGGUGAAGCCCGCGCCGCCAAAACCUCCGGCCAAACGAUACCUAACCAGGUUAGGAGGUCGGCCAUUGCAAAAGAAGCCAAGAGUUGAAAGCUCAGAACCCAUUGACCUGACUGAGCAAUCUCCAGAGCCUUCUCUGAUUCCAUCACCGGCUCCAACUCCAGUUCCCUCGCCAAUUCAGUCGCCGGUUCCAUCUCCGGCGCCGCAAACAAAAGCUCAGGAGCCUCAAGCACCACUUCCCGAGCCCCAAAUUCCAGCUGAAAUAGCUCCGGAAGAAGUAAUCAGGAGGCCGAUGCUGACCCAGCCCCCAAUUGAGGGAAAUUUGGAUUGUAGAACUCGGCAAUUCCACUCCGAGCUGUUCUUCGACAUAGCCACAUUUCGAUUGUAG